AUGGCUAAUCAUGUUAUCGAAGCAAGGAUUGUAAUAGGUAAAAAAAACGUCAAUGAUAGAGUUCUUAUUCCUAGGAUGUUUGUCUCGCCACCGGAUGCAAAGUUUUCCUUUCGUAUGAGACGUCGUCAGUUUCCCGUUGCUCUUGCAUUUGCGAUCACUAUAAACAAAAGUCAAGGUCAGAAGUUGGAACAAGUUGGAUUGUAUCUACCCAAGCCCGUAUUUACGCAUGGACAACUAUACGUUGCAUUUUCUAGAGUAACAAGCAGAAAAGGCUUGAAGAUUUUGAUUACUGAAGAAGAAGGAAAAGGAAUUCUUAAACAGUAUUCAAGUUUCUGGAUUACUAACCAUGUUCUGACAUUGAAAAAGGGAGCACCUAUCAUGUUGCUUAGGAAUAUUGAUCCUAAGAGAGGUUUAUGCAAUGGAACGAGGUUGAUUGUUACGCAAAUGGCUAAUCAUGUUAUCGAAGCAAGGAUUGUAAUAGGUAAAAAAAACGUCAAUGAUAGAGUUCUUAUUCCUAGGAUGUUUGUCUCGCCACCGGAUGCAAAGUUUUCCUUUCGUAUGAGACGUCGUCAGUUUCCCGUUGCUCUUGCAUUUGCGAUCACUAUAAACAAAAGUCAAGGUCAGAAGUUGGAACAAGUUGGAUUGUAUCUACCCAAGCCCGUAUUUACGCAUGGACAACUAUACGUUGCAUUUUCUAGAGUAACAAGCAGAAAAGGCUUGAAGAUUUUGAUUACUGAAGAAGAAGGAAAAGGUCAGAACAAAACCCUUAAUGUGGUUUUCAAAGAAGUCUUUCAGAAUAUAUGA